GCCAACUUACUAAAUAUAAAAAGAAGCGGACAUAACCAAAAUAAGACAAAUUUUAACAACAAAUACAUGUAGUAUAUUUGAAUUGUCAACUUACUAAAUAUAAAAAAAGACGAACAUAACCAAAAUAAGAUAAAUUUCAACUACAAUUGAGAAAUUAAGAGGAAAAGAGAUAAAAUAUAGAGACUCACUAAAGAAAAUCACGAUAUUCUUUACAAAAUAAUUAAUCAUGGAGAGAGUGAGAUCAGAGCAAGCAAAGAGCAACUCAGAUGAAUCCCUUAAACUCGCUGUCGCAAUGGCGAUCGUCCGAUCUGUUACAUCCCGUACACUUGCUACAAUGUCACUGACUGAAAGGAAUGCAGAACCUGUGGAAGGCAUUAUCAAUAGCUUAAUCAUGCGUUUAUUGAGAAGAAUGUGCAGUGCCUUGCAAGAAGAUGAAAAUCAUCACUUUGACACUGCUGUCCAGUUCUAUAUUCAACACCUGACGCGUAAGAUCGGAAAUGAGGCUUUUGUCGGCCUGCGUCUAAUAUUUGCGGUUUCUCAAAGAAUAUCUGUAGUGGCAGAAAGUUUGCUUUUCAUGGAUCCAUUUGAUGAUGCCUAUCCAAGUAUGCAUAACUGUAUGUACAUAAUGAUUCAGCUUAUCGAAUUUCUGGUUUCAGAUUAUUUGCUAACCUGGUCAAACGCUGGAGAUUUUGACAUAAGGCUUUUUGAACAAUGGGUUGGAUCAAUUCUCCACGGAAGAGAAGCACUGGAACUACUGGAGAACAGGAAUUCUCUUUAUGUACUGUACAUAGAUCGUGUGAUGGGAGUUGUGGCCAAACAAGUGAGACAGUUGUCAUUUCUGCAGAAGCUAAAGAUUCUUGAGAACUUGUUUAGCUAAGCACUGACGUGCAGCUUUUUCUUUGUGAACUGUAAGUAACUUGCUUUGAACACAAUUCUUCUUUUCUUGUGCAUACAAAAUUCAGCUGUGUCAUCCCAGAGGAAUUUUUACUUAAAAUUCAAGAGUUAUCUAAUUGAUUCCCAUAGUAUAAAAGAUCAAAACUAAUCCUUUUCGACUAAAUUCUAAGUUCACCUUGGAAGUUGAGCUCAAUGUUUUCCAUAUUUUUACUGAAUUUCACGAUGACUACACUUACCAUUUUGUAGUUGUCAUUUGUUCUGCAUGUUUUUCCACUUUCUCUGUCUAUCUCUCUCUCCUUGUGCACCCCUUCCCUCCCUUUCCCGGAGCAAAGUGAAAGAUGAUCUUUAAAUGUGAAAAGAUGAAACAGCAUGUAAAGAGUGAACUUGGACAUUAACACCUUAUCAUGUGCCGAAAGCCAGAAUAAAAUCCUACAUCUCUUUAUCCUGAACCUGAUUCCAGGUUGAAAUUUGUCCCACUAAAUAGUCGGCUUAAGCAAAUCUUUGACUUUCCUUGGCAUCACUAUUUUUCAUUACAUGCAAAUUGCUCAAGUAACUGAUAUUCCUUUACGUACCAAGUAGUUGAGAUCUUCCAUAAAGGAGGUUGGAGGGCUUGAUUUUUGGCUCUUUGUAGUUUAAUCUAGACAUGUUCUUUUCUCAUUUUUUGACUUUUCUUUGUGAAAUCAGGGGGCUGGGAAUCCGAAUCCGAUAAGUUUACUUAUAAACCAAGAAUUCAUAUUCUAGUAUUACCCAGGGGCGGAACUACAGUGGUGCAAGGGGUGUCAAUCGAACCCCCUUCGUCGGAAAAUUGCACUAUAUAUAUAGGGUCAAUUUUUUGAUUCAUGUAUAAAUAUUAAUGUUGCAUCCCCUUCACAUAAUGGAGAAUUCAGCUCAGCGGCUGAGAUGCCUACUAUUGAGCCCAUGGUUGCGAGUUUGAUUCUCUGCAACAACCCUUUUUCAUCCAGUCCCUUUUUCUUGAACCGCCUUAUCAAAUGUUCUGGCUCCGCCCCUGAUAUUACUAUUACCUAUUGUCUUUCCCAACUUUAGAGUUAUCCCCUGUCCCCACCUCGUUUAUCUUUCAAAGUAAAUUUUGAAGGGUGAUUACACAGUCCUUAAAAUUUUAUCCUCCUUUUAUGAAGGAUUACUAAUACCAAAAAAGUACGCUAUAUUUAAAAGAUGCAAAAAGGUGUAUUGUAUUGGAUACACUUCUGCUUUUUGCUUGAUAUAUAUAGUGUCCUUCAGAACGUGCUCCUAGCAUACUUCACUUCUCAUCUCUCAUAUUCUUUAUUACAUUGUGUACAUCAUCUCUCUAUAUAAAAUCUUCCUUAGUAGACAUGAUUAAAGCCAAAUCUGUACUGGUUCUCUCAUUAUUAGCCGCUCUCUUAUUGUCCCAAUACUACAAAACUUCAGCUUCUAAUGACAUUUCGCCGUCCACUUCCAAACCUCCAAGCCAAAGUCCACCACUGGGGAAAGAGGGGCAAGUAUGUUGCCCUAAAACUCUAGAUACUAACGUCCAGAUUAAAAGGAGAGCACGAAUCGUUCCCGUUACUCCAAAUACAGGUGCUCGCCCAACUCCAAGGAGAUCAUCGGCUAUUGCAAACAAUAUAUCUUCAUUUCAAUUGUGUUUACCUCUGUUUUAUCUCCUUUCACUUAGUUUCUUCUUGCUCUAAGCAGCCAUGCUAGAGUAGAAAUAUGGUGAAGGCCAACUUGCCGCACAGCCAAAUAAAUGGAAUAAACAAAAAGAGAAGGCGAAAAAAUGGCAGUUGGUUCUAUCUUAUUAGGACGAUACAAAUGAGUUAUUUUUGUCUGUUUAAAUUUUCUACAGCGUCUUUGGUAGCUUGAAUGGUUGUUCAUUUAUCCUCCUUUUGCUUUAGGAUAAAGUGUGGCUUAAUUUUCAAGGCAUCGAAGGGGCUGUUGCUUUUUACUGUAAGUUGUAAUACAUGUUACAAGUCAAUUUACAGCUGUGAGAGUUAUCUAUUGCUAUUCUAGUCAAUUCUUUAUUGGUAAUGCAAAGCCAAAGUUUCUUUGUGGGUU